AUGCAUGCCGGCAGAGAGGGAAAGGAAGCAAGUGGCGAUGCCCGUGGCGCCAAAUCGCUGCUAGAGGUAGACGGUCUGAAGCACGUUCGACGCAGAUGCCGCACCUGCAAUUUGCCAGAUUGGGCAGGUGGCGGCAGGCGGUCGGAACUCGAAGUUACGACAGAGUGCCCCUGGCGGAACUCGACGUUGCAGGAAGCAAUUGGUUGGCUUGGGACAGGACCGAUGGAGGCGGGAGCAUCCUCAGGCGACAUGGGUCCGGGCGGCCUCCGUUUGGGCCGCCAAUGA